AUGGAGAAAUACGGACAGUAUCGAGACAAAGGCUCCGGCGUUGCACCUUUCUUCCCUAUUGCUCCGCCCGCCAGUAAUCCGCUAUUGGGACCCUAUCACGUGUUCCUUUUCUUCCUGAGACUCCCCCUUCUCAUCUUCGCUYGGACCGUUUGGCUUCUUCUCAUUCAAUGGACUCCAGCUGGAGGACUCUUCCGAAAAGCGAAUCUCUGGUGUAUACUAGGUAUACCCGGCGUGUGGUUUGUUGAUAUUAGGGUCGAUGGCGUACAACGAGGAUCUCUCGGCAAGUCCGGGCGUCUUCCUGGUCCAGGGACCAUCAUUGCAUCGUCUUGCACAUCUCCCUUGGAUGUCAUCUAUCUUGCUGCCAUUUUCGAUCCGAUCUUCACACAGAGUUACGCCGGCUCGCGCUCCGUGCGACCACUAUCUCUGGAAGGUGCACUGGCCGCUUUUUUCACCAUGUCCCCAGCACCAGAUCAGACAGUAGAGCUCUCCACGCUCGUCGCUCAGAACCCAAGCAGAGUAAUUGUUGUCUUCCCGGAAGCGACGACCAGUAAUGGGCGUGGCGUCCUCCGUUUAUCACCCUCUCUCCUCUCUGCCUCAAAGGGCACCAGCAUCUUCCCCAUCUCCCUCAGAUACGAUGCAGCAGACGUUGUCACACCAAYCCCGGGCUGGUUUGAAGCAGUACGCUUUCUUUGGCGUCUGACCUCGCGCUCUACCCACUGCAUCCGUGUCCGUAUAGGCCUUCCCUUGACCUUGGCGCAACAAACGCACGCCUCAUCAGAGUCCGCCAGCCGGGAGGGCCGGAGUCGUGCCAAGUCACGCAACAGCUACGAUACCAACUUCUUCGACAGCCUUCAACCGUCGCCAACGCAGAAUGGUGCCGACAGUGAUGGAACCGCCGACUCCGACGAUCUCACUGCUGCAGAGCUCAAAUCGCUCCAGAUUGUGACCGAAUCGCUCUCGAGGUUGGGGAGAGCAAAGACGCUUGGAUUAGGCGUGGAGGAAAAGAUCCAGUUCGUGAAUGCAUGGAAAGGAACAACAACGAAGAAGACGCGACGCAGGUGA